CACCUCUCCUGGGAGGCCAGGCACUGCAGCCCUCGGGAGUUUGUCCCCAGGGACCCCUCCUCCCCCCGAAGUCACUCCGGUCUGAAGCGACAUGACCAGCUCCGAGCCAGUCCCCGAGACCCUCGAGCCCGAUGGCCCCACCUGGCCCGCUCAGCCCACGUACAGCAACCUCGGUGAGGUCCGAGCCCACCUGCUGCCCUCCAAGGCCUGCCGCCCCCGGACCCAUGGGUCCCCCUCUCCAGACCCGCAGCCCUUGCCCCCACCCCUGCCCAAGAAAACUUUAACCCGGACGCAGUCUCUGCCCACCCAGGGGGCCCCCACCCCCAGCUCUGCCAGGGCACAGCAGCCUCGGCAGCUCCUUCUAGGGUCCCACAGUGUGGACGAGACCCAGGCUGAGGCCGGGCCAGCCUGUCCCCCCACAGAGCUGGCCUUCAGCGUGCCCGAUUCUACACUGGGCCUCUUGUUCCGAGACCUGAGCAGCCUGGAGGCCGUGCAUGCUGCACUGGCCACCAGGCAGCUGGAGGGCCUCCGUGUCAUCCGCGCCCUGCUCAGGGCCCGGCUCAUGGGGGGCCACCCCGGCCCCUGCUGCCCUGGCGACGGCUUCCGCCUCCUGGACAGCUCACCCUGCGUGGAGAGCGGGGAAGCCCUGUACUACCGGGUGGUGCGGAUGCACGAGGAGAGGUGGCACAUCCUGGCCGCCAAGGUGCCCAAGCCCGGAGCGGAGGUGCCCCACCCGUGGGGCCUGGAGUUGCAGGCCUCCCUGCCCCCACACUUCAACCUGCAGGGGCUGUGUGGCCAGGUGCCUGAGGGCGUGCUGCCCGGGGCGCCCUGGAGAGGCCCUACGGUGCUGGUGGCCGAGGUGCCUGAGCGCACGGUGGCCCAGUGGCUGGCGGAGGUCGGCGCGCAGGAGUUCGCGUGGGCCGUGGCCCUUCUGCUGCUGCAGCUGAGCGCGGCCCUGGAGCACCUGGAGGCGCAGGGCGCAGCCCUGGCCGAGCUGCGGCCUGAGAACCUGCUGCUGGUGGCGCCGCGGGGCUGUGCAGCCUCGGAGCCCCCGCGCCUGCUGCUGGCUGACUUUGGCCGCGUCCGCCAGUGGUCCCUGGGAGCCCCGGGCACCCACGCGCCGCAGCUGGGCCGCCUGCUCCGCGCACUGCUGGGCCCCGCCGGGCCCUUGACCGCGCCCUUGGCCUCGCCCUUGGCCGCGGGCCUGGAGCGCCUGGCGGCCCAGCUGUCCCGCUUGCGGCCCUCUGCGGCCCGGACCCGCGGCGCGCUGCAGGCGCUGCUCUGGGGGCCGGGGCCGGAGCUGCGCGGCCGCGGAGCCCCGCUUGGGCCCUGGCUGCGGGCGCGCCGCGCGCUGCUGGUCCUGCACCUGGCCGAGCGGGCAGCGGGUGGAGAGGCGCCGGGCCUGGAGGACUGGCUGUGCUGUGAAUACCUGGCCGAGGCCACCGAGGCCUUGCUGAGCCAGGCCCUGGUGCUGCUGUGGGACUGACCACAACCUGGGGCCCACAACUUGCCCAGGGCCUGUCCAGGAGGCAGGCACCCCUUCCCAGGGCUGGGGGCCCAUGACCCGCCAUAGACAACACAGAGUUGCAGGUCUAUGUGUCUCUAUCAUAGACAACACAGAGUGCAGGCCCCUCCAAUGCCUGCCCCCUCCUUUGGUGGGGACUUAGGCCCAGGGCUCCCCAAGAGUGCAGCUGCCCACUCCAGGGCAUCUCUCUGAUGCCAGGGCCACCAUCACCGCUCUUCCAGGGGUACACACCCCCUGCCAAUCAAUGUCUCUUUGAAUAUGUCCCACCUUCCGGGCCUGUCGCUGUCUCCAUGGGAGUGUGGACACUCCUUCCAAAGCCGGGCCAAAGGCAUUUCUGGCCUGGAGCACCCCCGCGUGCUGAGGACAGCCAGUGACUCCGAGAGUGUGAACGGCCCAGUCCCUCGUGGAAAACUGCCUGGUGCUCACAGGCUGGGGGUGGGGCUUCCUGGAACCUUAGACACCCAGCCCACCCAGGGGGAGUCCGGACUGUCCUGCCCCCAAGCCUCCCAUGCUGUCCCUGCCACUUCACCACUCUCUCCCCACCCUCCGGCCCCCUCCCUGUUCCUUCCAGCCUCCAAGCCUUUGUAUGGGCUGUUCCUCUGCCAGACUGUUCCAAUCCCACCUGCUCUAAGCAAAUAAAGUCACCCCUCCAGUC